GAGAACAACUCGCAGUAAGGUACUGUGAGCGUUUUACCUGUGCAAUCUGAACAAAGUGCAAGUGAACAGACUGUGCAAAGGCUUCCAGAAAAGUGGUUACAGGGAGCUUUUUUAGCCUUGAUAUGCCUCCUCCAGCAGACACAAGCCUAGCCUGUUCCCCUCCAGAUGGAGGAUGGGGAUGGGCAGUGGUUUUCGGAGCAUUUAUAUCCAUUGGAUUUUCAUAUGCCUUUCCAAAAGGCAUAGCAAUCUUCUACAAAGAAAUCCAGGAUUUCUUUGGCACAUCAUACAGUGAAAUUGCUUGGGUAUCUUCAAUUAUGUUGGCCGCUACAUAUGGUGGAGGUCCCAUUAGCAGUAUUUUGGUGAACCGUUAUGGAAGCCGACCGGUGGUCAUAUUUGGAGGUCUGCUAUGUGGCAUCGGGAUGGUUUCUGCAGCGUUCUCCGCAAGCAUUUUUCAGCUAUACAUUUGUGGUGGAUUCAUCACAGGACUUGGUCUUGCCCUCAACCUCCAGCCCUCAGUGAUCAUCAUUGGAAAGUACUUCCUGAAGAAACGUCCCCUGGCCAAUGGCCUUGCCAUGGCAGGAAGUCCGGUCAUGCUCUGCACCCUUGCACCCUUGAACCAGCUCCUUUUUGACCACUUUGGAUGGAGGGGGAGCUUCAUGAUUCUCGGGGCGCUUCUGCUGAACUGCUGCGUGGCUGGAGCACUCUUCAGACCCGUUGGGCCUACGGGGAAGCAAGCCGAUGCAAAAGCGAAAAAGGCCGAUGGAGGCAUUGUUGAAAUGGCGGACCCCAGAAAGGAAGAGAAGGACGACAAAGACUGCUGUGAAAAGUUCAACAAGUUCCUCGAUUUCUCGCUUUUCAAGCACAGGGGCUUCCUCAUCUACUUGAUAGGGAACGUGCUCAUGUUCCUAGGCUUUUUUGCCCCUAUUGUCUUUUUGGCGCCUUAUGCAAAGCACAUUGGGAUUGAUGAAUAUUCAGCGGCUUUCCUCCUUUCAAUUCUUGGAAUAGUUGAUAUGAUAGCCAGACCAGCUACUGGCCUAAUUGCAAACAGCAAAUGGGUGAGGCCAAAGAUCCAGUAUUUUUUCAGCUUCUCCAUUGCUUUUAAUGGUGCCUGCCACCUCCUUUGUCCCUUGGCAGCAGGCUAUCUAGGCCUUGUUGUGUAUUCCGUCUUCUUUGGACUGGCCUUUGGAAUGGUCUGUGCAAUGCUGUUUGAAACUCUCAUGGAUCUUGUUGGAGCCAGCCGCUUCACAAGUGCCGUAGGACUGGUCACCAUUGUGGAAUGUUUUACCAUAUUACUUGGACCACCCAUCGGAGGAACUCUUAUUGACACAUUUGGGGACUACAAAUACAUGUUCAUUAAAUGCGGAGCAGUGAUGGUCUUAGCUGGAACAUUCCUCUUCAUCAUGAAUUAUUACAACUACCAAAUGCUUGCAAAAGAAGAGAAGGCAAAGAAAAAGGAGGAAGUGGAAAAUCAGGAUGAUGGACACAUAAGAACACAUAUGAUUACUGAGCAAGAAGAUGCCACAAAUGCAGAAAAGGUGCAGGAUGGUCAUGAAACAGUCCCUCUGAAAAGUGAGGAGGAAGGACUAAAGAAUACAGCAGAUAGCUCAAGUGUCUAAGUCUAUAUUACUAGGUAUCUGAAAAGCAAAUUGUUCUUUCAUGUUUGUCCAAGUGACUAAAAGUUAGGUUUCUGUUGGUCUCUUUUGUAUUGUACCUGCUGGCCUUACCAAAUGCCCAGAAUGUAAGUCCAUUUCUGUAUGAGUCCAUGGCAGACUCCGAAGUGCUUGUUCUUACCCUGCUGCCAAACAGUAUACGCUUAAUGCCUUUCCUUUCCAUCAGAAGUGUUGUGGCACCUCCUGAAUGGAAGACAUUCAUCAUGACAGUUGCCAUAGUCAAGCCUUCAAAAGGAAUCCAGAAUGUGGAGAACUGUGUUGAUCUGGAUUAACACACUAGUUCUAGAAGUGUUAUCUCUACAAGGGAAAUAGCUUUGAUUUUUGCUUUGUGUUUUCUUUUCUUAAUACCAGUGCAUCUUAAUGGUCCAUUCAAGACCAAACCACCCCAAACCAGUGCUGGGGAUAUUAAUUUCCCCCAUGAUGGGGGAUUCCAGCUAAACUUAGAGUAUUCUGAGAGGACUGGGAGAUGUCAAAAUCCCUGCUAAUUAGAAAGUCCCAAUGCUGCAUCCCUGAGUGUGUGAGUUCUUUGCACCACUGCUCUCAAUACAGAGGACCUUGGACAAUGGAUGCAUUUCCUUGUUUAGUCAAGAAUGCUUGUUCAUAUUGGAGCUUUCUGUCUGCAGAACUGUUCAGCUCUUUUAGUGGUGAAGCAUUACACAGGAAAAAAUGUGAAGCGAGAGAGCAUCCAUCCUCUGUAUUUGUCAUGGGCAGGUCUCUCCCCCUUUCCCUUUCCAUUAGCAGCAGAUUAAAGUGAAAGACUUCUAAAAUACCGAACUUUAUUGAGUAAGGCUGACUUUGCAAUACAGAGUGAGUAAUAAUAAACUUGUUGACAAAUAGCAUUUAUUAGUGAUCUCUUUGACUGGUGGAGUUAUAUUUUGCCCUUGUCAGGAGUUGAUUAGAGCCCUUUUCCCUUUUCUUCCAAAAGGGGUGAGCUCCACCCUCAGGGAGGAUCAUCCUACUUGUGGGCCAGAGAGUGGAAAUGCCAGACAUUACUUAAUUGGUCUGAACAUUUGGCUUGAUGACUAAUCACUGUGUUGAUGAAUUCAUACCUCCUCCUCCAUCCCUCAUUUUUUCUACACUGCCUCCCCCUGGACCUGAAGUUAUCUGGUUCUCACCAGCUGCAUGCCUACUCUUGCUUGUUAACAUUGGUAUUUCAGUAACACAUUCCACCCCCCCCCUUUUUUUUGUUGUCUAACUCACCUUCCGCUUUGACUUCUGGACACAGUAAUGAGCCCAUUGCUUCUAACAAAAUGGUUUUCUUGAUCUAAGCCUAGGAGACCUUAAUGUUAGGAACCAGUGCCAGUCACUGACUUGUACUAUUGGAGGGGUACCUGGUACCCCUUCUAAAAUUAAAACAGAUCUGUUUGUUUGCACCAGGGUUAGCAGGUUUUCCUUUUCGUCUGCCUUGAAAGGGUCCUAUGAAUUCCAGCUAAGGCCAAAACAUGGGCAACUAUUAGAUGCUUUAGGCAAUCCUUUAUUUUAAGAGAUGUCCCUUGCUUAUAUGCUAUAGGAUGCACUUCUAACCUAAUUGCUGUCCACAAAC